UAUAUAUCUGAUGUCAAGAGUUAAAUAAUCUGCAUGUAAGAAUAUGAAUAAUAUAAUGUAUAGAUGUGUAACCAUCUCCAAGUACAGGAAGAAUUUAAAAGAUUUCAGAGAAAUUAUCAACAAUCUAGAUAGGAGUGGAGAAUGAACGAUUCUAGAAAUUGGAAUAGGCAGAGUAGAGAAUUCAAUAAGCAGAAGAUGCAUUUAAUGAGUUUUAGGAAUAAAUUUUUACAAAGUUGAAUGGAUUACGAGAUUAAGUAUGGAAAUAAUUUUAAAUGUUCGUUAACAGUUAGGCAAAUUAUAAAAGUAAGUGGAAGAUGAUAGAUUGGCAAAAGAGUAAGCAAAUGAGGCCAAGAAUAGAGAUGUGUAAGCUUUAACCAAGAAGUUUGAGAAUGCCAUAGAGAAUGAAUAGUAAACUAAGAAGGAAGGAGAAGCUAAGGUUCUUAGAUUGACAGAGGAUAAAACAGCACUUUUGAGAACUGAGGUAUAAAAAGAGACAGCACAAAGAGUAGAUGCCAUUGAAGGCAUUCAUUAGGGUUUGUAGAACGAUUUACCAAAGAUUUAAGAGGCAAUCAGAGAAGAGGCUAAUGAGAGAGAUGAGGCUGAUUAAAAUGUUAUUAUAUUUAUUAAUUUUUAGGUUAUGAAAUCAAUUACAGAUGAACUGGUUAAGUUGAGCAAUCUUAUUAAUGUUGAGAAGAGAAACAGAGAUGAAAGUGAGUAAUCCAUCUUUGAAAUGUUGAAAGACAUUGUUAAUAGAGUCAAAGUUGAAUUAGAUUAAGAGAAGAGAACAAGAGAACAAUCUGAAGAACACUUACUCAGUUUAUUGGAGGACACAUGUAAUAAACUUAGUAUUGCAGCAAAUUUAUGAAAUAUAUUAUGAUU